UAGCUACUUGCCAUUGAUUUUUUAUUUUAGAUGAUUCGAUGCCUCGGUCUUGAUUUUGGGAUUUUGGGGCCUACGAUACUAGGCCUACCGCCUACUAUAGAAGGAGUAUGGCUGAAAAUUUAAUGAAAGUUCCAGUGAAAGGAAUAUUAAAAAAUUCUACUAGUUUUGAAGGAUCUUCCUCUACUAAAGGGUCUGCCAACAGAGGUGCAAAAUGGGAUGAAAUGAAUAUUUUAGCUACACAUCAUCCACCUGAUAAAGAUUAUGGUCACAUGAAGAUUGAAGAGCCAAAAACACCAUUUAGUUAUCAUGGAGAAGAUUCUGGGGAUGAGGGAGAUAAUCAUGAAAUAGAUAGUAAACUUCUAACUGAAAGAUUGUUGGCUGAUAAAGAGAAACUUGAAAUUCAAAAUGAAACUGUUGUAUCUGAUGAUGAGGGAGAGGAGGAAGAUGAAGAAACUCCAAAUGAUAAAGCUAAAAGGAGAUCUUUUGAACACAAACGUAAAUCACAUUAUAAUGAAUUCAUGGCUGUGAAAUUAGCUAGACAGCUUAUGCAAAAGGAUGAAGAAGAAGUUGAAAACAAUGAAGAAGACAGACUACCUGAAAAGGACUCUUGUGUCGAAGUGGAGGAAACUGAAGUUGAUGAUGUAGAAGCUUACAAUGCAGGUAUGGACAUAAUUGAUCAAUCACAGAGUUCCAGUUGAAUGCACAUGAGAAAAACUGGGGCUACAUGAUUCAUUUGCAGCAAUUUUGCCCAUCAACCUAAUUGAAUUUUAUUUCUUAUUGGUAAUUUUGUCAAUUUUUUAAAGAAUUAUCUAAGGAUUGUACCAAAAAUAUUCAGUAUUAGGAAGGCUUUGUUUGCUAGAAAUCUAGAAUACCUUCAUACCAUCAGUUAAGAUUUCACUUAAAUGUUUCAGAUGCUUCAAGUUCAAAUUCAACACAUUUGAACCUCAUAUUUGUUCUAACUUGUGGUUUGUCUUUAUUACAAUUGAAUCUUAAUCA